GAUAAAGAAUCAGAACCAUUAACGGUAAUGGCUUCAAUACCGUGUACCACUUACCUAGUAUUCCAUUCAAACCCUCACAAUUUUUCUCCAUCUUUGCCUAAAUUCAGUUCUAAGUUUCUGGGUAUCCGGAAUAAUCUCAAAUGCGUCGGACCCUCCAGGCUUGGACCCUCUAAUGGUUCCAGAGUAACUUGCUGGUUCAAGUUUGGCAAGAAUGGUGUUGAUGCUGAAGGUGCUGGCAUCUAUGGGAGCCAAUCCCGUGAUGAUUUUAAUAGAGAUGAUGUUGAACAGUACUUUAACUACAUGGGGAUGCUUGCAGUGGAAGGUACGUAUGACAAGAUGGAGGCUCUGCUAAGAGAGAACAUCCACCCCGUCGACAUAUUACUGAUGUUGGCUUCUCAGGAAGGUGACAAGCCCAAAAUUGAAGAGCUAUUAAGAGCCGGAGCAAGCUACACUAUCAAGGAUGCAGAUGGACGGACCGCACUAGACAGAGCUGCCAAUGAAGAUAUCAAGGACCUCAUACUUGGGUUUUCAGUUCAGAAGGCAUGAUCAAGACAAACAUCUCACAAAGAAUCACUUUGCGUUUAUUGUCGAAUUUUAUGGAUAUUCUUCCCCUGCAUAUUAUGUGAUGUAUUGACAUUAGUGUCGCGAGAAAAGAACUUCAGUUGUUAUUUGUCCAGUGAUGUUACAGAGCUUGUUGAAGGUAGUGGAAGCCUCCCUUUUUCACAUA